CCUCAUUCCUCUGCCUGCCACCUCUCUCUUUCUCUCUUUUUGUAACCAUGCAACUUUCUUGUUCUUCACUUCCUUUUCACUUUAUGUUUCUUCUUUUCAUGUUUCUUCUUUCAUUCUCUUCUCUUUUCUUUCUCUUACUUCUCUUUCUCCAAUGGCGUUACCCCAAUCACAAACGCCUCCCCCCUGGUUCUAUGGGCUGGCCUUAUAUUGGAGAGACUCUUAAGCUUUACACUGAGAAUCCCAAUCUCUUUUUCUCCAAUAGGCAAAAACGGUAUGGAGAUAUAUUCAAGACACACAUACUGGGAUGUCCUUGUGUGAUGAUUUCAAGCCCAGAAGCAGCAAAAGUUGUGCUAGUCAGUCAGGCUCAUCUGUUUAAACCGACUUAUCCACCCAGUAAAGAGAAAAUGAUAGGACCAGAUGCUUUUUUUUUUCACCAAGGGGCCUAUCAUUCAAGACUUAAGAAGCUGGUUCAAGCUUCUUUUUUACCUUCUGCAAUAAGAGGAUCGGUUUCAGAGAUUGAGCAGAUUGUUUUGAAAUUUCUCCCUACAUGGAAAAACGCAACAAUUAAUACUUUACAGGAAAUGAAGAGGUAUGCUUUUGAUGUGGCAAUGAUAUCGGCUUUUGGAGGCCGGCAAGAUUUAGAAAUGGAAGGUAUCAAAAAUUUGUAUCAAUGUUUAGAGAAGGGCUACAAUUCUAUGCCCUUAGAUCUACCUGGAACUCCAUUUCAUAAAGCAAUGAAGGCAAGGAAGCAGCUCAAUGAGACGUUGAGGAGAUUGAUACAAAAGAGAAGGGAAAGUGGGAAAGAAAUUGAAGGGUUGUUGGGAGUGUUAUUGGCAGCUAAAGACGAUAAAAUUAAUCACCUUACUGAUUCUCAGAUUGCUGAUAAUAUUAUUGGAGUCAUCUUUGCUGCUCAUGACACAACUGCUAGUGUUUUAACAUGGAUCUUAAAGUACCUGCAUGAUAAUGGAGAUUUACUAGAAGCUGUUACGAGGGAACAAGAAGGUAUUCGACGCAAAAUAAUAGAAGCAAAUCGGGGGCUUACGUGGGAGGAUACCAGGCACAUGCCUUUGACUACCAGGGUGAUUCAAGAGACUUUAAGAACAGCAAGCAUACUCUCAUUCACAUUCAGAGAAGCUGUUCAAGAUGUUGAGCUUGAAGGUUACUUUAUCCCUAGAGGUUGGAAGGUUCUUCCUCUCUUCAGAAGCAUUCAUCACUGUGCUGAUUUCUUCCCUCAACCCGAAAAAUUUGACCCUUCGAGAUUCGAGGUGCCACCAAGACCCAACACGUACUUGCCAUUUGGCAAUGGAGUGCACUCGUGUCCAGGCAGUGAGCUGGCUAAGCUUGAAAUGCAUAUUCUUCUUCACCAUCUGACUACUAAUUACAGGUGGCAAGUUGUAGGAGACAAAGACGGUAUCCAAUAUGGGCCAUUCCCUGUACCCAAACGGGGAUUGCCCAUAAGGGUAAUCCCAAGGAACAAAAAGGCAAAGUGAUCAUCAAAAGGAUUGGUUGAGCAAUGGAUUCUUGAUGAUGACAAGUUGAAGUUAUCCCAGUUGUGGGUUGAGAGUCCAUUGUAUUUGAUAUCAAAACUUCAGGUGUUGUCAAGGUCAACCAAUGGAGAU